UUCAUAUAUACAGAUUUAUUUGUGAAAGGGCAAAAUCGGAAAUUCAAGUCACUUGACAAGUGUGGGUUCUUCACCAUAAAUAAGUCCACCCAAUGAAGUCUUUUAUUUGUCACAACAUAAAUAUUUUCCAUCCAUUCUCUUCUUACAAAGAGAAAAAACAAAAUGGCCAUCAAAUUCAAUCCCAUCCUUGGAACUCUCUUUGUGGUGGUUGCCACCGUUCUCCUCCAUGUCUCCGACGUACAAGGCUAUCGGAAAGACGCUAUCGUAGGUGGUAUGAGGCCCAUAACCAAUUUGACUGAUCCUGAAGUGGUGGAGAUUGGAAAAUUUGCGGUGGAUGAACACAACAAAGAGGCGAAGACAAAAUUAGAGUUUCAGAAAAUAAUAAAAGGAGAAAGCCAAGUCGUUGCUGGAACAAAUUAUCGAUUGGUCAUCACCGCUAAGGACGGUGACUCGCCACAUAACUACUUAGCAGAGGUGUGGGACAAGCCAUGGGAGAAAUUUAGGAACCUUACUUCCUUUGUAGAAUGUAGCCUAGAAAAUGGAGAACAAAAAUGUAUGUUUACUUAAAUUUUAGUUGAUAAAGACGUUAAAUCUAAACGAAGUAUUUAAUCUUCGAAAGAAAUGUAACGUAUACUUUAGAAGUUAAUGAAAAGAAUCUUCAAUUUGUAUGGAUAUGUUUUGCAAGCUAUAAUCAUUUAAUGAAUAUGUAC